GGCUAACUACUCAGAGAAGAAAAUCCGUUGUUGUGGAAAGGAAGAAAGGCUCAAGACAUUUCGAGGACGUUAAACGUACAAACAACGAGCGUUAAACCCCAUUUUUUUGCGGGUCGUUUUUUGUCUAAUUAAUUUUUUCCCGUUUUGUUUUGCUAACAUGGCUUGUGGAGCUACGUUAAAGCGGUCGAUGGAGUUUGAGGCCCUCCUCAGUCCCCAGUCUCCCAAGCGGAGAAGGUGCAAUCCACUACCGGGGACUACUAGCACUCCGUCCCCGCAAAGAUGCAACCUCCGUCCCCAAGUCGACAGCCCAACGCACUCGAUGUCUCCUCCGGCCAUAGGAGGCGAACACAGGCUGACCCCAGAGCAGAUCUUCCAGAACCUCCGUCAGGAGUACAGCCGGAUCCAGAGGCGGCGGCAGCUGGAAGGGGCCUUCAACCAGACUGAGGCCUGUAGCUCCAGUGAUGCCCCCAGCCCCAGUUCCUCCCUCAACGCUCCCAGCUCCCCACCAGGUGCCUCAAGGAAGGACCAGCCCUCGUUUACACUGAAGCAGGUGAGCUACCUGUGUGAGCGGCUGCUUAAAGACCAUGAGGAGAAGAUCCGGGAGGAGUACGAACAGAUCCUUAACACAAAACUCGCAGAACAAUAUGAAUCUUUUGUGAAGUUCACACAAGACCAGAUCAUGCGAAGAUACGGAGCCCGGCCUGCAAGUUAUGUGUCCUGAACUCACAUUGAUGAGAUCCCAGCUUCCACUCACAAGAUGGCUGCUCUUCUACGGCCUCCUUCCACUUGAUUUUUCAUUUUAUUUACCAUUUUUGUCCCCUCCAUCUCAACCUGUUUGGGUGCCAUGGUGUAUCCUCCUU